AGAAGAAGAAGAAGAAGCAGAAGCAGAAGCAGAAUGCAUCUUCUGAUUGGUUGUUCCAUCAGCACUGUGUUUAGAAUGGAAGCUGGAAGUUGGGACGAGAUCCAAGGUCUUUCUGGUCAAAGCUUUUAUCUUUUGAACCAUUCCAUGCCGUAACUGCCAUCAGCACAUUUCCAUCGGCUGUCGACCUGGUGUUUCAAGUCGUUUAUGACGUGGAUUUAACGUAAACAUCCGUCCGAAAAGGUGAGCUGCAGCCUAUUCCAGCUGAUUUUGGAUGAGAAACUGGGUAUGCCCUGGACUGGUCGCCGGCUAAGCACAGACAUGAGUCAUUCCAAUGAAGAUUCUUCUCCAGCCGGCACCGUGCAGAAGAGGAACAUCCAAAUCAUUGAGUGGGAGGACCUGGACAAAAAGAAGUUCUAUUCUUUUGGAGUGUUCAUCACCUUAAGCAUCAGGGCCACAGUCUAUCCGGCCACGCUCAUCCGGACUCGGCUGCAGGUGCAGCGGGGCAAAUCUCUUUACGGUGGCACCUUCGACGCCUUUGUUAAGAUCCUGCGGGCGGAAGGCGUUCGGGGCCUCUACCGCGGCUUUAUGGUGAACACCUUCACUCUCAUCUCUGGCCAGGCGUAUAUAACCACUUACGAGUUGGUGAGGAAGUAUGUCUCCAAGUAUUGCGAGGACAACACAGUCAAGUCGGUGGUGGCGGGUGGCUUGGCUUCCAUGGUGGCUCAGAGCAUCACUGUCCCCAUAGAUGUGGUGUCACAGCAGUUGAUGAUGCAGGGCCAAGGGGAGCACCUCAGUCGCUUUCGCCUCAAUCCGGACUUGCAGACUGGCAAGCCCAAACAAGUGUUGGGCCAAACCAGGAGCAUAGUGGCCCAAAUAUUUGCUGCUGAUGGUUUACCGGGUUUCUACAGGGGAGCCCUCGCUUCUUUACUCACCUACAUCCCAAACAGUGCUGUCUGGUGGCCUUUUUAUCAUUUUUAUGCAGAGCAGCUGUCGAAUCUGGCCCCCUCCGACUGCCCUCAUCUUGUUCUACAGGCCACCGCUGGUCCGCUUGCUGCGGCCACCGCCUCCACCGUCACCAACCCCAUGGAUGUCAUCAGAGCCAGAGUGCAGGUUGAAGGUCGCAGUUCAAUCACAGAGACCUUCAGGCAGCUGAUCAAGGAGGAGGGCUUCUGGGGAAUGACCAAAGGGCUGUCUGCCCGCAUCAUUUCAUCCACCCCCACCGCCAUUGUCAUGGUGGUCGGCUACGAGAGCCUAAAAAAAUUGAGUUUACGACCGGAGCUGGUGGACUCCAGACACUGGUAGAAACCAUGUGGACCGUGUCAGCACCGAACCACUAUAUUUGGAUCGAACAGUAGCGUGCAUUGACUGUCGCACCCACAGUUUUUUUUUAUUUUUUUUUUUUUUUUUUUAAAUGGGACAGUCAUACGCUGAUGAAGAGAACACAAGAUCAAGAAAGGACACAAAAACUAUCAUACCUCACGUUAUUUUAACAAAAGAGCAAUGAAAUUGUUUCAGACCGAUUUUAUUUCCUGAGUCUGAGCAUGAACUGCGUUUUUGCAGUGGUUGAGAGAGUUGCUGUUCUCUACUGUAAAUGUUUGUACACCAAAUAUACAGUGGGCCCACAUCUGAAACUGAUUUGUGGGUGUUGGUCUUUUAUUUUUUUUGCCUUUUCCCAGGAAAUCGUGACACAAGAUCGAUUUAUUUUUUUCCCCUUGGCCAAGUCAUUAAGUCGUAUGUGUGUUUGUUCUUAACAGUAAAUGACAAAUUCCAUGCAACUCAGCAAUCAAUAUAAUAUCUGUCAUUUAUAUUUUAUCAUUGUUUUAUGGUACAAAAGAAAUGGUGCAAUACUGUUUAUCUUGAAAGAAUGUAUUAUGCAUAAUUUUCUUUUGUUGCGUUUCGGUGUUGAUAUUUCUUGAAAAUGUGCAUUUAACUGUCACAAUCAGUUAUUUAAAUUUGUGUGCGUACGUAAAUGUUUUUUGGGAAGGUGGCAAUUUUAAACUACUGUAUAUUGAUUUGUAGUCCUGUUGCACUGUGUCUCUAGGUGAAUUGAGCGUUAGCAGGAUUUCACCAAUGAAAAUGAAUUACUCUGUCUAUCUUAAAAAUUAAUGUUAAGACAUUUGGAAGGUAUUUGAAGAAUGCAUCUAUUGAAAAUACAGUCUCCUCUAAAAGUAUUGGAACAGCAAGGUCAAUGCUUUUGUUUUUGUUGUACACUGAAGAUAUUUGGGUGUCAGAUCAAAAGAUAAAUAUGAGACAAAAGUUCAGAAUUCCAGCUUUUAUUUCAUGAUAUUUACAUAUACGUGUGUUAAUUAAACUCAGGACAGAGCACCUUUUGUUUGAAUCCACCCACUUUUCAAGUAUUGGAACAAACAUUAUUAAAUUAACUUAAAGUGAAUAACAUCUGCUGGUAAUAUUUGGUAGCAUAACCCUUACUUUCAAUAACUGCAUCAAGCCUGCGACACCCAUUGAUUUCACCAGAAUGUUGCAUUCUUCAUUUGAAAUGCUUUUCCAGGUCUUUACUCCAGGCUCUUUCAGUUCUUGUUUGUUUCUGAAGGUUUCUCCUCUUUAGGAGGUAAAAUGCAUGCUUUGUUGGGUUAAGGUCCGGUGAUUGACUUGGCCAGUCUAAGAUCUUCCACUUUUUCCCCCUGAUGAAGUCCUUUAUUGUGUUGGCAGUGUGUUUUGGGUCAUUGUCUCGUUGCUUGAUGAAGCUUCUCCCAAUUAGUUUGGAUGCAUUUUUCUGUAAAUUACCAGACAAAAUGGUUUUGUAGACUAAAUAAUUAAUUCUGCAUCAUCAAUAAAACCAGUCUAGUGAGCCUGUUGCAGAAGCAGCCAUGCAAGCCCAAGCCAUGCAUUGCCUCCACCAUGCUUCACAGAUGAGCUUGUGUGUAUUGGAUCAUAAGCAGAUCCUUUCUUUCUCCAUACUUUGGCCUUUUCAUCACUUUGGUAGAGGUUAAUCUUGGUCUCGUCAGUCCAUAAAACUUUGUUCCAAAACGUUUUUGGCUCAGCUCUGUACUUUGCAAAAUCCAAUCUGGCCUUCAGAUUAUUUUUCCUGAUGAGUGUGUGAAUGUUUGUAUCUUGUGGAAUGGCCUGUAUAAUUGCUUCUCUCAAAAUCUUGGAACAGUGGAUUGUGAUACCGUAACCCCUGCCCUUUGGAGGUUGGCAGUGAUGUCACUGACUUGUCUUCGGGUGUUUCUUCACAGCUCUCACAAUGUUUCUGUCAUCAACUGCAGUUGAGACCUUUGACCGACCUGUUCGAUGUCUGUUCCUCAGUACACCACUAGUAUCUUUCUUUUUCAGGACAUUCCAAAUUGUUGGAUUGGCGCUGCCCAAUGUUUGUGCAAUAGCUCUGAUCAAUUUUCCCUCUUCUCUCAGCUUCAAAAUGGUUUGAAUGGUUUGCUUAACAGCAAAUGCAGUUUUCACAGGUGAAACCCAAAAACAAGCACUAAUGUUUCAGCAAUCAAUCUAAAAGGCAACACCUGAGCCACUAGAAACACCCAUCAGUCACAUGUUCCAAUACUUUUGAUCACUUGAAAAAUGGGUGGCUUCAAACAAAAGGUGCUCUGUCCUGAGUUGUGUAACACAUUUAGAUGUAAAUAUCAUGAAAUAAAAGCUGUAAUUCCAAAC